AUAAAAAAUGAAAGUUUUGGAUACCCAGUUGCAUUCUUUGAGAUUCUUGCUAUCCUUCUGUGGUAUUUCUUAUUUUAUUUAAUCAAUGCCACUUACUGUUAUAGUUUCAGUUUAAUGGGUCAGCUUCUUAAUCUAGUACAACCCACUUUCUUCUUAAACAAAUUCAGUUUCUACAAAGAUAGACCCACAACGUUGUUUCAGCAAAAACCGUGUUCAUAUGGAGGAAACUGUGCUCUUCAGAAACACCAUUACCAUGGUCUUCAAUUGUCUUUCCCAGGUGAGGUAGUUGGUCGUGUUGAAAGCUUUUUCAAAUGUAAGGUCAGCUGUGGCAUUACUGUUAAAACCGGGUUUUUCCCUUCGGCUUAUCUUUGUAAUGGAGGAGAAUUGGAUGCUAUCCCGCACGUACAAACUCUUAGAAAGUUGCCCAAGGAGAGGCUUGCUUCAAAAGUCGUCAUGGUCAGAUUUGAUUCUACCAUAUUGCUUCGGGAAGAACUGGACCAGCAGACCCGACCAGUCUCCAAUGCGCUUUUCACCAUUAAGUAUUUAUAUGAAGCUGGGGCCAAAGUAAUUCUAGCGAGUGACUGGAGCGUAACAAGUAACCCAAAACUUGUUCUUGCAGAGUCUGUUGCAGAUUUCUUGUCAUCAAUCCUUCAAUGCAAGGUUGUUCCAGUAAGCUGCAUUUCUUGUAACAUACCACCAAAGAUGGAAGGCCUUGAGAAAGCAGACAUCUUUCUUCUUGAGAAUCUUUCUGAAUUUAAAGAGGAAGUUGCCAAUUGUUCAAAGUUUGCUAAGAUGUUAUCAUCAGGAGUUGAUAUUUUUGUUAAUGACUCUUUUUCCCAGUCUCAUAAAAUCCUUGCAUCAACCGUUGGUGUUACUCGUUUUUGUCAUUCCUGUGUAGCUGGUUUUUACUUUGAGGAGAGCUUAUGUCAACUAAAAAAGGUUGCAGAAACCAGCAGAAAUCCUUAUUUUGCUGUUAUUGGAGGGGGUAAUUUCUUUGACAAAGCAGCUGCCUUGCAUUUUUUGGCUUCUAGAUGUGAUGGAUUGGUCUUUGUUGGACGGAUGUCAUUUCAAAUAAUGCAUGCAUUGGGAGUAUCCGUUCCUUUAAAUUUUGUGGAACAUGGGGCACUCAGAGAAGCUUUACAUAUAGUCCGGUUUGCACAGAAUAGAGAUAUUCAAAUCCUCUAUCCAAAAGAUUUUUGGUGCAAGAAUGAUUGUCUUCCAGGGAAAUUGGAAUUGUUUCCUGCUCAUAGCAUUUUGGAUGGUUGGGUACCUGUGGAUCUUGGGCCUAUGUCACUGGGUGAGAUAAACUCCUUGCUUACAAAAUGCAAGAAAGUUAUAUGGAUUGGUCCAGUGAAAUUCAGCAACUCAAAUCAACAUACAAAUGGAGCAUCUAAAUUGGCUCAAAUGCUUGAUCUUCUAAGUCAGAGCAACUGUGAUUUAACCGUUGUCGGGAAUAUGGCAUGCAAAGUGAUAAUGCAGGAAUCAAGUUCCAUUUCUGAAUUUAAUAUGCUUGAGAAUGCUUCAGUUGUAUGGGAAUUUCUCAAAGGAAGAAAGCUUCCAGGGGUGACGGCCUUAGAUAGGGCAUACCCAUUUGAGAUCAAUUGGAACGCUACUUAUUGUGAUCCAAUGCAACCUUUGGUAGUUGAUAUUGGAAGUGGUAAUGGACUUUUUAUUCUGGGGAUGGCUAGAAAGAGGAAGGAUUUGAAUUUUCUUGGUUUAGAGAUUAAUGAAAAGCUCGUACGGCGUUGUCUAGAUUCUGUUCAACAAUCUACCAUUAAGAAUGGGUACUUCAUUGCGACAAAUGCAACGUCAACAUUUCGUUCCGUAGUGUCUAGUUACCCUGGAAAGUUGGUUCUUGUUUCAAUACAGUGUCCCAAUCCUGAUUUUAACAAACCAGAAUAUAGAUGGAGAAUGCUUCAAAGGGCAUUAGUUGAAGCAGUAGCAGAUCUUCUUACAUCAGAUGGAAAGGUCUUUCUGCAAUCUGACAUAGAAGCAGUAGCUGUGAGAAUGAGAGAACAAUUUUUAAAAUAUGGCAAGGGUAAACUUUCUGUUGUACAUGAUCAAGAUGCUGAAAUUAAUAGAGGGUGGCUUGAGGAGAACCCAUUUGGAGUUAGGUCAGAUUGGGAACAACAUGUUAUAGAUCGUGGGGCCCCUAUGUACAGAUUAAUGCUUUCAAAAUCAACCGGUGUUGAAUGAAGUUGCUGGAAAGAUGGCUGUAUUAUAUAGCGGGAGAGCUAAUUGGGAUGUCUCAUGCCUCUCAAAAGCAUGUGAAAGUGAGCAAAUGCCACUGCAUUAAGGCUCUAUCCUUUCCUAAAGGCAAUUUUUCUCCGAGCGACGUCAUCUUGAAACUGUUAUCUACUAGUAAUUUGCUGCAUCUGAGUACAUUUAUCAAUUCAUAAUUGGGUAGAAUUAUGCCUGUUGUUCGACCAGCAACUUAUUGCAAUCUGCCCAGAAUUUCGAUUAUUUCAACAAGGGACUGGGGCAGUUGAACUUCUAGCUGUGUGGAUUGCAUUCUACCGGGUGAUUUAACAUGGAAUUUAUAUAUGGUGGAUAGCCUGAAGUAAACUGAUGGAAGAAACAGCGACUCUUUUUCAGUAUAAUUAUUACUUCAUAGAUUGGAGCAACUUAGAAAAUGAACUUUGGAGGAAGAUGUUGGGUAACUGUCCAUACUUGCAGGGAUGAAAAAGGACAGGUCCAGUUACCAAUGGUUGUCAGCAGUUGUCAAUGAUGUCUACAUGUAAAAGAAAGCAGUAGGGAAGGGCUUCAUUCCUUCAACUAAAACUUGCUGUUUCCUUAAAAUUUAUUUUUUCUUCUUUAAAUUUUGAUCAUGUUUUCCAAAUGUAUGUUUGUUUCUACCUCCUGAGUUUGUUUGGAAGUUGUAGGAUCAAUCUUCAUUCUGCUGAUGUUUUAUCUGAAUUUGCAACUGCUUUAGACUUUCAGGAUACUGCUGCAUCCAUUUCUCCUUUGUCAUCCAAAUGAAAAUCAAAUAUUUCUUUUU